AUGAGUACUUUGAAUAUUGAAAAGAAUAGAUUCAUGAAGAAAGCAUAUGAAAAGAAAUCCCAAAGAGAAAUAUCUACAAGUCCACUUUUAAUGAUAUUGAAGACAGAUGAAGAAAUUGAUGAUCUAAAUUCACCCAUUUCUACCCAUUUAUAAAUACCAAUUUUCAGUCCAACUAAGUUCAUAUUUCCAAACUUGGCAUACUAGAAAAAAAUUAAAUGA